AUGAAGCCCAGUGUAUUAAUUGCUACCAUAUUGUCAUUACUAGUGCUUACAGACUACGCCUACAGUCUCAACAUCCUUGGAAUAUUUCCGUACCAAGGCAAAAGUCACUUUAUCGUUUUCCGUGUUUAUUUACGUGAACUCGCAAAAAGAGGUCACAAUGUGACCGUUAUUUCUCAUUUUCCUGAACAAGAUCCACCUGCGAACUAUCAUGACAUAAGUUUGGCUGGAAGUACGGAAGCCAUAGAAGGCGUGGGGCCCUUCCAGACUUCAUAUCUCGUUCUGUUGGGCGUCAGCCUGUUCCUUGCUCAUAGUGGAGUUCAAAACUGUGACACAAUGUUAGAAAAUGACCGAGUACAAAGUUUGAUCAAGGAAAAACCAAAGUUUGAUGUUAUUGUAGUGGAACAGUUCAAUAGUGAUUGUGCUCUUGGCGUCGCCCACAAGUUUGACGCUCCGGUUGUUGGUAUAAUGUCCCACAUACUUAUGCCCUAUCACUAUCAAAGACUGGGUAUCCCCUACAACCCAGCUUAUGUACCAUUCCAUUUUCUGGAAGGUGGAACUAAACCUACUUUAUACCAAAGAGUAGAAAGAACCAUAUUCGACUGUUAUUUCCGAACACUAUUUAAAUAUUAUACUCAAAGAAAUAAUCAAAAUAGUCUUGCUAAGUACUUCGAUGACAUCCCGCCCUUAGAUGAUUUAGCUCGAAACAUGAAAUUCCUUCUUUUGUACCACAACUUCGUACUUACUGGAUCAAGGUUAUUCCCUUCUAAUGUAAUAGAAAUUGGAGGUUUCCAUGUUGUUGACGCAAAACCUUUAACUGGCGAUCUCAAGAAAUUCGUCGAUGAAGCAGAGCAUGGUGUGAUCUACAUUAGUUUUGGUUCCGUUGUGAGAGCCAGCACGAUGCCGGCAGACAAAGUGCAGGACGUACUAAAUGUUAUGAAAAAACUACCACAACGAUUUAUUUGGAAAUGGGAAGAUAAGACGUUGCUGGUGGACAAAAAUAAACUGUACACCAACAAUUGGCUUCCUCAAGUCGAUAUUCUAGCUCAUCCAAAAACGUUAGCAUUUUUGUCCCAUGCUGGCAAUGGUGGUACGACAGAAGCUAUACAUUACGGAGUUCCGAUGGUAGCCAUGCCGAUAGUUGGAGACCAACCUGCAAACGCUGCAGCUGUAGAAGAAAGUGGCCUUGGAGUGCAAUUACAAGUUAGAGACUUGAAUGAAGAAAACCUAUUGAAUGCUUUCAAAAAAGUUUUGGAUCCCAAAUUCAGGCAAAGAGUGAAAGAGGUUUCUAAGGCGUGGCAUGAUCGUCCACUCUCCCCAAUGGAUACCGCUAUAUACUGGACAGAAUUCGCUGCCAAGCAUCCCAAUUUCACAUUCAGAACAGCAGCUGCAGACGUACCAUUUUACCAAUACAUUAAUCUAGAUGUCGCUGCGGUUCUCAUAACGAUAUUCGUCUUAAAUAUCGUGGUAUUGAGAAUAGUUAUAAAUAAGUGUAGAUCAAAGAAGAAAGUUGUUACAAAGACUGAAAAGAAAAAGGCGAAGCGUGCGUAG